AUGACAGAUCAAGGAUGGGCUCGUAACGAAACUAAUAUUGGACAAAUGGCUCAUGAGCGAUUCGGUUAUGAUCGAGUCUACAAUUUUGAUGAUUUGUUUCGUAUAUGCAAUUUCGAAUUGGAACGCCAUGAAUGCGUUGAAGCCGUUGGAAAGGUUGAAACCUUCUCAACAGGAGAAUAA